AUGACUGCAAAUGGCAAAUACAUCACUGAAUCAGCUGAGAACCUUCCUUAUUUCUUGCCAAAAGUUAAGAUCCCAGUAGGCACUGUUAUCCCUGAAAAUGAUUUCUCAAUACCCAAGCUUUUCACACCAUUGAAAAUCAAGAAUCUCCAAAUUCCAAAUAGAAUAGGUAUCUCACCAAUGGUUAUGUAUUCCGCUCCACAUGAUGGUGACAAAAUAGGCCAGGUUACGCCAUUCCAUUUGAUUCAUUAUGGUUCUAUGGCACUCAGAGGUCCAGGUUUCAUAAUUGUUGAAUCUACAGCUAUUUCACCAGAAGGGAGAGGUUCUCCUGAAGAUUGUGGUAUUUGGAAUGAUGAGCAAGCCUAUAAAUGGAAAGAAAUUGUAGAUUUUGUUCAUUCCCAAGGUGUGAAAAUUGGAAUGCAAUUAGGCCAUACUGGUAGAAAGACAAGUCUUGCUGCUCUUCAUCAUCGUUUGAUGAAACCAGUUGGAAAAGAUCAAUAUGGUUGGGCUGAUGUUCCUGAACAAGUGAUAGGACCAAGUCCAUUAUCUCAUAGACCUGGAGUUCUCAUCGAACCUAAAGGGUUGAGCAUUGAGGAGAUUCAAGAGCUGGUUGGGAAAUAUAAUAAAGCAGCCAAAAGGGCCAUUGAAAUUGCAGGGUUUGAUUUUGUUGAGAUUCAUGCUGCUCAUGGAUAUUUGAUUAAUAAUUUUCUUUCAGGCACUUCAAAUAAGAGAACUGAUGAAUAUGGUGGUUCAUUUGAAAAUAGAACUCGUUUUCUUUUGGAAAUCAUAGAUGCAAUUAAAGGUGAUAAAUAUCCUUUAUUUGUGAGAAUCUCAGGAACAGAAGAUGCAGAUGACCAAGAAGGUGCUUGGAAAAUUGAGGACACACUUAGGUUAUCGGAUUAUUUUAUCCAACAUGGUGUUGAUGUUAUAGAUGUUUCAGCAGGUGGUAAUAAUAUUCAUGCUAAAAGAAGAAAAAACACACCAGGACAUCAAAUCCCAUUAGCUGAAGCUGUCAAAAGACAUGUUGGUGAUCGAUUGAUUGUGAGUACAGUUGGAAAUAUCGAUAGUGCUGAAUUAGCCAACUCAACAGUGGAGGAUGGUAAAGCUGAUUUGGUGCUCUCUGGUAAAUUGACCUUGAAAAAUCCUGGGAUUGCUUGGAAUUGGGCAGAUGACUUGGGAGUCAAAAUACAGCCUUCUUUACAAUAUGGAUGGCCAUUUUAUCCACCGCCUUAUAACUGA